UUGCUCGGCGCAAUCAUCUCGGGUCUCUUCUAUGGAUCAAUGUGCACACCAGUCUCCUACAUCCAAACCCACCAAGACGAAUUCCCAGGCGCACCAGCUGAAGGUCUCCCAUAUCUCUUCUCAUUUUUCUGCGGAGUUCUACCAACUUCAACAAUCAUCCUAAUCAUCUAUUCAAUCUUCCAUCGAAAUCAACCAAAACUCCACCCGGACCUCGUUCUACCAUCAAUGAUGUGCGGAGUUCUACACAGCAUCGGAAUGGGCGGUUUCUUCAUCGGAAACGAACGACUUUCCCAAACAAUCGCCUAUCCAAUUUGCUCAUUUGCUCCUGCUCUAAUUGUCACCGCCUGGAGCGUGUUUUAUUUCAAAGAAAUCACUGUGAGUUUUCCCUUAUUUGUUUCUUUCUGAAUUUUUUUCAUUUUCCAGGGAAAACGCAAUUUCAUUCUGCUUGCCGUUGCUUACACAUUUACUCUAGUUGGAGUAACUCUUGUAACAAUUUCGAAAACUAUAUAA